UGCACGAAGACAGCAAGGGCGAAAGAAGGAAAGAACGAGCGAGCAAGCGAGGGAGAGAUGGGGAAGCGGAUGAGGCGAGGCAGCCGGUCCCCGAACUCCUCCUUCGCCGCCCUCAGCCAUUCCGUCCUCCUCCGCCGCAUCGCCUCCUCGAAGCUCCCUUCCGACCCCUCCUCCUUCGACGUCGAUACCGUCGUCCACCACCUCCGCUCCCACUAUCCCGACUACGCCCGCAUCAAGCUCCAGCCCUUCACCCUCCGCGUACAGCGCACCCUCGACUCCCUCCGCCGCCGCCCUGCCGCCGACGAGGACGAGGACGAGGACGACGACGAUGCACCCUCCUCUCGCAAGAGGCCCGGCCGCUCCGACCUCUCCGAGCAGCGGUUGCUCCGCUCGGAGUCCGAGCACCUACGCCGCCGGCUCCAGCAGCAGCGACAGGGCCCGUCCGAUUCCUCCGACGACUCGACCUCCACCUCCGACGACUCCGCCUUCGAGGCCAAGAUGGAGCCGGAGUUCGAUUUAACGAAGUCGCUUCUCCGCGAUAGUUACGGCAAGCGGGUGAAGCCGGGGGACGGGAAGGAGGAUAACAUGGAGAUUGAGGUGCCUGCGGAGAAGCCGAGGAAUGUGGAAUUGGUUGAUGGGGGUGGAGGAGGUAGUGGGGUCGAGACCCCGGUGGUUGAGAAGGGGAGGGGUGGUGGAGGUGAGGUAGAUAAUGGGGAGGAAGGGAGGCAGGGGCCGAGGUUUCGGGAUCUCGGUGGGAUGAAGGGGGUGCUGGAGGAACUAAUGAUGGAGGUGAUUGUGCCGCUGUGCCAUCCGCAGCUACCCAAGUGGCUUGGGGUGAGGCCAAUGGCCGGGAUUCUAUUGCAUGGUCCGCCUGGGUGUGGCAAGACAAAGCUUGCGCAUGCUAUCGCCAACGAGACCGGUGUUCCUUUCUAUAAGAUCUCUGCGACCGAAGUGGUCUCCGGUGUCUCUGGUGCUUCAGAAGAAAAUAUACGUGACCUUUUCAAGAAGGCAUAUAGAACUGCCCCUUCAAUUGUUUUCAUUGAUGAGAUAGAUGCCAUUGCUUCCAAGAGGGAGAACCUGCAGAGGGAGAUGGAACGCCGGAUAGUUACACAGUUAAUGACUUGCAUGGAUGAGUCCCACCAGACACUUAGAUCAGGUGAUGCUAAUUUGGAGUCAGAAGCAUCUGAGAAAAAACCUGGCUAUGUUCUUGUAAUUGGAGCCACAAAUAGACCAGAUGCAGUGGACCAAGCACUAAGAAGGCCUGGGCGGUUUGACCGUGAGAUCAUUUUAGGUGUCCCUGAUGAAAAUGCACGGGUUGAGAUUUUGUCUGUUCUCACUCGUAACCUUAGACUUGAAGGUGAAUUUAACCUCUUCAAAAUAGCAAGGUCCACACCAGGUUUUGUUGGAGCUGAUUUGGCAGCAUUAGUGAAUAAAGCAGGAAACCUGGCAAUGAAGAGAAUAAUAGAUAGAAGAAAAUCUCAACUUUCUUCUGAGCUUAAAAGCAAGAACACUGAGGACUGGUGGAGGCAACCUUGGGCCCCUGAAGAAAUGGAGAGCCUUAGUAUUACAAUGGCUGAUUUCGAGGAAGCAGCUAAACUGGUUCAACCAUCUUCCAGAAGAGAAGGAUUUUCCUCGAUACCUAAUGUUAAUUGGGAGGAUGUUGGUGGUCUUAAGUCAUUGAGGAGAGAGUUUGAUCGCUAUAUUGUUCAACGAAUAAAACACCCAGAGGAAUAUGAGGAAUUUGGAGUGAACUUGGAGGCUGGGUUUUUGCUUUUUGGGCCUCCUGGUUGUGGCAAAACAUUGAUUGCCAAGGCUGUAGCAAAUGAGGCAGGGGCAAGUUUUAUUCAUAUCAAGGGGCCUGAACUUUUGAACAAGUAUGUUGGUGAGAGCGAGCUGGCAGUUAGAAUGAUAUUCAGCCGUGCCCGAACAUGCUCUCCAUGUAUACUGUUCUUUGAUGAGGUGGAUGCUUUGACAACUAAACGAGGAAAAGAUGGAGGGUGGGUUGUUGAACGUCUCCUAAAUCAGCUACUUAUUGAGCUAGAUGGUGCUGAUCAGCGACAGGGUGUUUAUGUCAUUGGAGCUACAAACAGACUUGAGGUAAUGGACCCUGCUGUACUUAGGCCAGGCAGAUUCGGGAAGGUUCUUUAUGUUCCACUACCUUGUGCUGAUGAGCGUGGAUUAAUUCUGAAGGCACUUUCACGAAAGAAGCCUAUUUCUGCUGAUGUAGACUUAGAUGCCCUAGCCCAUAGAGAGGCAUGCAAGAAUCUCACUGGUGCUGAUCUGGCUGCUUUGAUGAAUGAAGCUGCCAUGGCAGCCUUGGAAGAGAAACAGAAUUCUAUGGAUCAAGGAACUGUAAGUAAUGAUCCAUGGGAUAUCAAGAUAUCGCAUUUUGAGAAAGCUUUGCAGAAAAUCACACCAUCUGUCUCAGCAAAGGAAAGGAUUUACUAUGAGACCUUAUCCCAAACCUUCAGAGCAGCUUGAAACAUGCUCGUGUUUCACUCUUUUGUUGAUGGAACAUAGUAACCAGCCUGCAGUCUCGGAACCUCACAAAGCUAUCUUGCAACAUAGCACGAUGAUCGAGGGGUCAGUCCAAGUGUAUUUGCUAGUCUGGAUUUUGCUAUCCUUUACACUAGGCUAUUUUGGUGAUUCAGUAGAAAGCUGCAGAGAAGCAGUUCAGCAUGUUGGUGGAAGUUUGUUUAUCCCGACCCUUUCUCGAUGAAGGCCCAAAUGGAGUUUGUGGUCCACUUAUCUAAGUUUGAAUGCUUCCAAUCAAGAAUGAGAUGACCAAUUGUGGAGCCUACAAUUUUGCCUGUUUCAGAGUGUUCGUUCACAUGUAAAUUUCUACAGUGUUUUCCUUUUAAACAGAGAGUUUGUAUUAAUAAUGCAAUUUAUUUCUGACAAUAUUGAUAAAGCAAAUGUUUUUUAUGCGAAGCUUAACCACCAAUUUUUGACUGA